GGCAUUUUGGGCUCCUGCCGUUUGAACAGCGAUUAGAGUUUAGAUUUGGGACGAGCCCGGAGUCCACGCACGCAGUGUAUUUGAAGGUCUCCGCCCCGACUCUGCCUCAAUCCUGUCAUUUCUGUGCAUGGAAGUCUUCUUGCAAACUGUCAGGGCAGCAGGAAGGCCAAAAUCUCGCUCUUCAAAGAGGCGGAGGAUCUGUAUCGGCCACCAGGGAUAGGCAGCCGCCUCUUCUGUGUACAGGAAACGGAAUUGUCCCCCGUCUCCGAUUGCGGGCAGUGUGGAGGGCAGAGAUCUUCAGACUCAGAUGAAGAGGGUUAGCAAAGUAAUAGUAAUAAAUACUCCAAGGAUCUUAUAUGCCAGACCAGCUUUGGCCUUAGUCACUUGUGUUGGAAUCCCUUCCUAUGUGUUUGCUGGACCAGGAAACUUAUUGACAGCCGCCGCAGAAAUGGUGGUUCAUAAAUUGUAAGCAAUACAUAUAGAAAAGUAUUCAUUCUGAAAAGGCCAAGAAGCCUACAGUUUACUACUUAUGUUCAAAUUGGUGUUAUUCAAAACAAAUUUCCUAAGUGGAAGAGUUCCUAUCACUACCCCACCAUUAAAGAAAAGGUGAUCUGUAAUUUGUGUGAAGCCGUUCUUGGAGGCUACCCUAGGGCUUGUGUAAAUACACACACUAAAAGCAGCACAACUUCCACGACUGCUUCUUCCUUCCGUUUUCUCAGCGCAAAACCAGGCUGUUCCCAACAAGCGGGACUGAAUAUGGCAAAAUGUUUGCUAUCCUUUGCUUUCCAGCGCUCGCCUACCUGGGUUCCUCAGUAUAAGUUACCUGGAGAUUCACGUCACUGAUGAGGCCUCAGUAUAAACAAAUGGUGUUGGAAGGGCCCAUAGUUGUACCGUAACUUGAGAAAUGAUGUAUGUACAAACAGAUGUGACCGAACAGGACAGGCAACAGCAGGAGCAGGGCCUGGGUCUGUGCUGUGUUGUAUCAGGUGUUCAGUGAGGUGUUGCAUGCAAGGUGUGUUUGUGUGCUUUUCAAAUAGCGGUCCCACAGUGCAUAUUAUGUGGUCAUCCGACAUAUUAUUAUAAAUCCUCAAUGAUCUAUUCUGAGGCAACAAGAGUAACACUGCCAUUUCCAAUUCUGAUAGAACCCCUAACCUUAAAUUGUCCAUCACCUUCAGCCGGGUCUCUCACUCAAUUAGAUCUGAAUUAGGAUGCAGACAUGUAUUAAAAUAGUCAGAUUUUAGCUUCAGAAAGCAAACAACCCCCUCCAAAUCUAUAUUUUUGUUCCUUGAAUACCUAUUAAAGAUACAUUUUUAUGUAUUUUAUUGCUAAUUGACUUUUAGAAAAAACAUUUCCACUGCAUCCUUUUUUUCUGCUGUGUAAACACACUUAUUGUCCAUUUCAUUUUACAUCAGAAACUGUAUAUUUGGCCAAAAAAAAGAAAAAUACUGCUUCUACCAGUUUCUAGAUGGAGUGUGAUUUAAGUCCUGCAUUUUAAGACUGAAGUGUUAAUGUACCGGGGUGAGGCUCUAGAAGAUUUCACAGGCCCAGACUGUCGAUUUGUGAAUUUUAAAAAAGGUGAUCCUGUGUAUGUGUACUACAAACUGGCAGGGAGAUCGCCUGAAGUUUGGGCUGGAAGUGUUGGGCGUAUUUUUGGAUAUUUUCCAAAGGAUUUAAUCCAAGUAGUUCAUGAAUAUACUAAAGAAGAGUUACAGUUUCCAACAGAUGAGACAGAUUUUGUUUGUUUUGAUGGAGGAAGAGAUGAUUUUGAUAAUUAUAAUGUAGAAGAACUUUUAGGAUCUUGGGAACUGUAUGACUCUGCAACUGGAGAUUCUGAGAGAACCAUAGAAAAAACUUCUCAGCACAUGAAAGAGCCUCUUGAAGUAUCUGAGGAAAGUGACCCUGAACCUGAACCCAAAGAAGCCAACUUAGAGGAAGGUGAAAGUUUAUUCUCUGAAGACCUCAAGGAUCUAGAGGAAAGAUUUGAGGUUCGGAAGAAUCACCCUCAUGCAAACAGUCAAACAGAUAACGCUCAAGGAGAGCAAUCUUCAUUUGACCCUUUUGAGGAAAUGCUGCAAGAAAAAUUAAAAGUGCCAGAAAGUGAAAACAACAAAACCAGCAGUGGUUCUCAAAUCUCAAAUGAACAGGAGAGGAUUGAUGCUUAUACACUUUUGAAAAAAGAAAUGACUAUGGACUUGAAAACCAAAUUUGGCUCAACUGCUGAUGUGCUUGUAUCGGAUGAUGAGACAACCAGACUUGUUACUUCAUUAGAAGAUGAUUUUGAUGAGGAGUUGGAUGCUGAGUACUACAUAGUUGGGAAAGAAGAGGAGGAGAGUAAAGAAGACUUUGAUGAGCUACCAUUACUAACCUUUACAGAUGGAGAAGAUAUGAAAACGCCCACAAAAUCUGAAGUUGAGAAUUAUUCAACAGAUAAAGAGCAGAAGUCCAAUGAAGAGGAUAUGAUUGAGGUAGCUCAGCCCCCUGGCAUCAAAGAUGAUAAUAAAAAUACACUAACCACCUUGGGGGAUACUGUCUUCUCUGUUGUCACAGGAAGUGAAGAAAAAACAGGAAUGAUGGAUUUAGAGAGUUCUAAUUCAGAGGAAGAAAAGGAAGAUGAUGUGUUAGUCCCAGAUAGCAGAUGGGGGGAAGCACAAUCAGCAAUAGAUUCUGUUGACCCUGAAAAUGCAGAAGAUGGUCUUUUGAUUGUAGAAGUCCCUAAAACAAAGGAUGACAAAGACCCAGAAAUGGACACAGAACUUCACAUUAAAGGAAAAGGCAGGAAAGUUCAGGAAUCCAGGAGGGGCCUGGUACAAGAUGAGACGGAGACUAAGAAGCAGGAAGAGAUGACUGUGGAUGAUACUACUCAAAGCAGGAACCGUCACUCUUCGCUAGCUGCUGAGGAGGGUAAAGAAAUGUUAAAAUCAGCCUCUGAUAACAAAGAAAAGGACCAAAAAGAAGCAGCUAUUCGUAUCUCAAAGGAAACGCUCCGUGAAGAAAAGCCUGGUGAACGCAUUUUGGACGGCGAUGCAGAGAGUGAAUCUGUACAUAAAGCUGCAGGGAAUCAAAUGAACAAAGAAAAGAUUAAACAGGAAUCCAUGGAUAUUGCACCACUCGUAGGAGAUAAUCAGCACAACACAUCCAGAGAUGGUGUGGAGGAAGGGGAUGUUUUGGUAAGUGGACCAGAACCCCAUACACUUUCAAUGGAGCAUCAAGGUGAGGAAUUUAAAGAAGAGCUAGUUCUUAAAACUCAAAAUCAACCUAGAUUUUUCUCUCCAGAUGAAAUUGGUUUGCCAACAGAACUGGAAGAAGAGGUUCCUGUUCAGGGAAGAAAUCUUUCUUGGCAACAAGAAAGGGAUGUGGCCGCUGCAGUUAAUAAGCACGUGACUGAGAAGAGGAGGCUCUCUGAGGGAGCAAUCAAAGAGGACACCUCAGAUAAAGGGUCUUUUCAUCACAAAGCAAUGCAGGGAACACAGGAAGUAGAAAACACAGGCCCCACUGAUAGCGCAGAAGUACCAGGUUUCCAUACAGAAAAGCCUAAAGCAGAAGAUGAUGAUUACCUCCCUGAAGAACUGCUGGAGGAUGAAAAUGCUGUAAGUGCAAAACAGUCUAAAGAAAAAAACACUGGGAUUCAGGACAGGAGGUUAGAUAUUAACCUGCAAGCCCCUGAAAGAGCUAUUUUAGAGACCACUAAUCCUGAUCCAGCAACUGGAGAAAACAAAGUAGAAACAGGUAUGAAUUUAGAGACUGAAAGAAAAAGUGCAACUGUGGCCAAAGGGGAGGGUACACUAGACAGGGGACCAGCUAGUAUGGAGGUGGAGAAAGAAGAAAGCUCUCUUGUAGAUAAGAAAACACGCAGACCGUCUGAAGUAAGUGACUUUCCUGACACACAAAAAAUACAGACUCCAGAGUUAGGUAAAGUGUUUCAGAAUAAAGAUUCUGAUUACCUUGAAGAAGACAACCCUGGGGAACAGCCAAAGACCUCAGGAUUUGCAGAGAAGCCUGAGGUAGAAGAACUCUCAAAAGAGGACCAUGAGGCUUUACAGAAAUCCAUGGACCCAGAAAGCCAGUGGUCUGCUUCUGAAGAACUUGAAGAUGACCUGUUCCAUUGGGCUUCACAUACAACUGUGAAGCCAGAACACACUGACAGUGAAAAGGACUUGCCUAUAAUAAGGAGCUUUUUUAAAGAACAGCAGUCUUUGCAGCGGUUCCAGAAGUACUUUGAUGUCCAUGAGCUGGAAGCCAUGUUCCAAGAAAUGUCAUUAAAGCUGAAGUCAGCUCAACAGGAAAGCCUGCCUUAUAAUGUGGAUAAAGUCCUAGACAAGGUCUUUCGUGCUUCUGAGUCACACAUUCUGAGCGUAGCAGAAAAAAUGCUUGAUACCCGUGUGACGGAAAAUAAAAAUCUGGGAAUGAAGGAAAAUAAUAUAUUUGAAGAGGCUGCAGUGCUGGAUGAUAUUCAAGACCUGAUCUAUUUUGUCAGGUACAGACACUCCACAGCAGAGGAGACUGUACUGGCGGCAGUGGCACAGCCUCCAGAGGAAGGCCGGGAUGGACCUAUGGAAGAGAUACAACCGCCACGUGAGGAUAAUUUCCCACCAGGGAGCACAGAAGAUCUUAAAAUGCAGGUUGCUGAAGAGCCUGGCCACUUGGGUCAACCCAUGACUGGUGACCCAGCUGCCUCAGAAGUGACUAGUGACCUAGCUGCCUCAGAAGUGACUGGUGACCCAGCUGCCUCAGAAGUGACGGGUGACCCAGCUGCCUCAGAAGUGUCACAGACACCAAAUACUGAGAAAGAUUCAGACCCAGGGAUAAUUACAGCAGAAGGCACUCCAGUUGAUGGAAAAAAGCAACUAGAAACAAAUGCUGAACAGCCAGCCAGUGCUACACCUCUCGAAAAUGCACUUCGUUUAAUCUAUUCCUUCAUGUUUCAUUUAACUAAGACGCUAGUUGCUACAUUGCCUGAUGAUGUUCGCCCUGGGCCUGAUUUUUAUGGACUGCCGUGGAAACCUGUACUUAUCACAGCCUUCUUGGGAAUUGUUUCAUUUGCCAUUUUCUUCUGGAGAACUAUCCUUGCUGUAAAGAAUAGAGUAUAUCAAGUUUCUGAACAAGAAAUUUCUGAGAAGUUGAAGAAUAUCAUGAAAGAAAAUGCAGAACUUCUAGAAAAAUUGUCAAAUUAUGAACAGAAGAUCAAGGAAUCAAAGAAACAUGUUCAAGAAACCAAGAAACAAAAUACGAUUCUCUCUGAUGAAGCAGUUAAAUUUAAGGAUAAAAUCAAGGAACUUGAAGAAAAUAAUGAAGUCCUGGAUGAUAAAGCUAAAAGUCUGCGUGUUAUGUUAGAAUCUGAGAGAGAACAGAACGUCAAGAAUCAGGACUUGAUACUGGAAAAUAAGAAAUCUAUAGAGAAGUUAAAGGAUGUUAUUUCAGUGAAUGCCUCAGAAUUUUCAGAGGUUCAAAUUGCCCUUAAUGAAGCUAAACUUAGUGAAGAAAAGGUAAAGUCUGAAUGCCAUCGGGUUCAAGAAGAAAAUGCUAAGCUUAUGAAGAAGAAGGAGCAGUUGCAGCAGGAAAUCAAAGACUGGAGUAGAUCACACGCUGAGCUCAGUGAGCAAAUCAAGGUGUUUGAGAAGUCUCAGAAAGAUUUGGAAACAGCUCUUACUCACAAAAAUGAUAAUAUUGAUGCUUUGACUAAUUGCAUUACACAGUUGAAUCGGUUAGACUGUGAAUCUGAAUCUGAGGAUAAAAAUAGAGGAGGAAGUGGGUCAGAUGAAUUAGCAAACGGGGAAAUGGGAGGUGACCGGAGUGAGAAGAUGAAAAAUCAGAUUAAACAGAUGAUGGAUGUCUCUCGGACAAAAACUGCCAUAUCAGUAGUUGAAGAGGAUCUAAAACUUUUGCAGAUUAAGCUGAGAGCCUCGAUGUCCACUAAAUGUAACCUGGAAGAGCAAAUAAAGAAGUUAGAAGAGGACCGCAAUUCACUACAGUUGACCAAAGCUGGACUGGAAGAUGAAUGCAAAACCCUGAAGCAGAAGGUGGAGAUUCUGAAUGAACUCUAUCAGCAGAAAGAGAUGGCUCUGCAAAAGAAGUUGAGUCAAGAAGAGUAUGAGCGGCAAGAAAAAGAGCAGCGGCUGUCAGCUGCAGAUGAAAAAGCAAUUUUGGCUGCAGAGGAAGUAAAAACUUACAAGCGGAGAAUUGAAGAAAUGGAAGAUGAAUUACAGAAAACAGAGCGCUCAUUUAAAAACCAGAUUGCUACUCAUGAGAAGAAAGCUCAUGAUAACUGGCUCAAAGCUCGUGCUGCAGAAAGAGCUAUAGCCGAAGAGAAAAGGGAAGCUGCCAACUUAAGACACAAAUUAUUGGAAAUAACCCAAAAGGUGGCGACGCUCCAGGAGGAACCUGUGAUUGUAAAACCAAUGCCGGGGAGACCUAACACCCAGCACCCUGCACGGACUGGUAGGGCACUGGGGAAGGGCAGCAGUCUAGUUUUGGUGCAGAAUGUGCGUCAAUUACUUUUUCUUCCUGUGGGUAAUAAUUAUGAUGUCCUAGAAGUAAUCCCAAGCCUCACUAUGGGGAAAAGGGCCAUCUUAAACAGUGGUGACAAGAUGGUUUCUUCCUCAGGUCCUCUAAGCCAGAAUGGCUCGUUCGGCCCCUCCCCGGUGAGUGGUGGCGAGUGCUCCCCUCCUCCUCCGACAGCGGACCCGCCUCUGAGGCCCCGCUCUGCUACUCUCAGUCGCAGAGAAAUGCCUAGAAAUGAAUUUGGGCCAGUGGCUGGGCCUCCACCUCGCCCUCGAUGGCCAUCUGAAGUAUCUGGUAAACCCUCUGCCUGUGGUAAGGAGCCUGAUUGUGUUGAGAGAGUCUUGAGUUGUGGAGGAUUUUUAUUCUCCCUCCCAGAGCCUGUGAGUGAGACAAAGUCUAAAUCAUUUCUCUGGCCUUCAACAGAUGCAGGGGCUGGUGCGGGUCCCAUGAUGAACAGCAGCUCGGGAAGCUCUUCCCCGAAGGUGACGGACGAGGGCAAAGUUAAUAUGGCUGCAAAAGGGCCCCCUCCUUUCCCAGGAAUGCCCCUCAUGAGCUCCCCUGUGGGAGGCCCUCUCCCACCACCCAUUCGGUACGGACCGCCGCCUCAACUCUGCAGGCCUUUUGGGCCUCGGCCACUCCCUCCGCCAUUUGGUCCUGGUUUGCAUCCACCACUAGGCUUAAGAGAAUAUGCACCAGGCAUUCCACCUGGAAAGCGGGACCUGCCUCUUGAUCCUCGAGAAUUUAUACCAGGACCCACACCUUUUAGACCUUUAGGCCCAAGAGAGUACUUUAUUCCUGGUACCCGAUUACCACCCCCACCCCAUGGCCCCCAGGAUUAUCCACCUUCGCCUGCUGCAAGAGACUUACUGCCUUCAGGCUCUAGACAUGAGCCGCCAUCUGCCCCUCAGAGCGGCAGCCAGGACUCUUCACAGGCUUUAAAACAGAGCCCGUGACUGACCUCCGACACCUAACCUGAGAGAAAGAGUGGACUGUGCGCUUCUGUUACAGUAAAGAAUGUCAUUGGCUUCAAAAUCCAAAAGUUAAUUUUAAAAUGUUUGUUUUUAAAACUAAGCUGCCUUGGCAGGGUGCGUUUUUGAGCCACACAAUUCAAGAAUAUAAUCCCACCCCAAUGAAGACCACCUUUUAAGCUAGCACCUCCUUACAACUUUGAAAUGUGCAAUAAAGAAUACCUGUGUUGUAGUUAAUGUAGACUAUGUAAUUGUAAAUGAUUUAGAAUGUCAUGAAAAAUACAAACAUUUCCUGUGGAAAUGCUUUAAGAACACGUAUUUCCAUUUAUUAUCCUGUUUUUCGUGUACACCAGUUGAUGAAAGAGCAACGGUGUUGAUAAGCUUGAUUUUUUUUAUAAAUACCUGGUCACAAAGACUGUUAUGCAAAAAAUGUUUAUUAUAAGAUCACUAAACUUUAUCUCUGCCCCUUGUUAAAGUUCUUUGUAGUAAUAGUUCCUAAAAAAUUGUUUAUUAAUAUUGCCCAAGUGUCUGCUGAUUCAUUCGACUGUUUUCUCAUGAGCCGUGUGCCAUUUUGGAAACAUGGAAACUCAGGCUCUCAGAACUGAAGAAAGACGGUGACUUUGCAGCACGCUGUCACUCAUGGUUAAGGAGGUCCAACCUCAGUCACCUGUGCACUCCACGGACGAUGUCUUCUUCCUUUUAUUUCAAAGAAGCCAGCAGCCCCACCUGUAUAGCAUACGUGUGCUUUCUUAGGACCCUGAUGGUGGUUUCUGAGUGAGUUCACAUUACUAGCAAGAGCUGUUCAACCUGAUGUUCUGUUCCUUUUACCAUUCUUGUAUUAAGGUUGCAUAAUAGAAAAAUGAAAAUGAUGUAUCGUGACUAUAAAAAUGAUGAAAUUUCUUUUUAAAAAUGUAUGGAGUCUAUUAUCUCUCCCAGACGGUGCCACUGAUUUUGAAGGAAUACAGCAGAAAAGAUCAGAAGAGUGUAAUGUUGCGAGGAAACAGUGACUCAGGACCGUGAGGCUUGUAACUUGCCUUAGGUCAGCAACCAUGGCCUGAACUCAAUUUUUAGUUGUUGUUGAUCAAAACUGCUCCAGGUUAACAUGUGAAUGUUUGUGUUUAUAUUUAAAAAUCAGUAAAUCUAACCAUCGGAGAUUGUAUCAUAAUUAAAGUCUUUUUAUACUCAUUACUAUGCUAUGUUUUUAAGACAGUGUUCCUAAGAACUAAAAGUUUUCAAACAUUUUAAAUUACCGUAAACUUUAUAUAGCACAUUUUAAUAAGUUUACGAUUUAAAUUAUAAAAGGCUGAUAAUCUCGUUUACUGCUAGACCGUGUUCCCCCAUUCUCCGAAGUUCUACAAGGCAAUGAGACUAGGACGUAGAGCAUGGCUUGUGACUGUCAUGGUGUUUAAUCCACUGAGAAUACAUUUUAAAAAGGAGCAGAAGCUUCAAUGUGAAACAAAAUUUUCUCCUUAUUCUAAACUAAAGAUGUGACUUUCCUAGAAAGCUUAGGCCCUUUGAAAGAAGACAACUGUUUCAGAGUUCACAAGGAAUAAAUACAUAAGGAGUUCGUAAGGAAAAGAAUUCAGUCUACACGUCCUCCCACUUAGUAUCAAGACUAAA